UCUUGGAAAUCAGAAAUCUUGGAAAUAAGAGACAUGAUUUUUAUCUAACAUUUCCAACGUUUCGUGAACAUCUCAGUUCGCUUUAUCAGGGAGAGAAGUAAUCUAAUAUUGUAUCAGUUACAGUAUCACGUUGCCCCUCUCCUUAUUCACGGCUCACAAUAAGCUUUUAGACGUAAUAAACUUUUAGACGUUUGCUCUAAGCCUAAAACUGUGACGUAACUUUCGACUGAAAGCGUUUCCCAUUGCUGCCUAAAGUCGUAAUCCCUAAGCUUUAAGUGAGCUAGCCAGAUUCCAGCUAUUGAAACAGCGUGGGAAACGUUCCUUACCAGAAAUUAUAGACUUCAGAACAAGAGACUGAAGACUCACUAUACCUGUGUGUUAUGGGCCAGAACUUAAUGAAACAAACUGAAGUGUUCACGAAAUGCUGAAUACAAUUUGACGAAAAACACGUAUCGUGCCCCAUUGAUAAACUUGUUGGCGAGGAUCGCGCGGAUCCUGCGAUCUACCCUUCCGACACACACCCUGGACGCGGCGCAACGAGGGUAAAGCCGCGUUUAAGGAGAGAAAGUAUAAAUGACAACGGACACGAUGUCUGCCCCUUAGUCGUCACGAGCCACACGCACGAUGCAUUACGCGUUGCACAUGUUGUUUCACUGCAUCGCGCUAUGGUGCGCGAUAAAUGGCGGAAGAACGGCGCGAAGCGCAGUCAGUCCCGAAAUCCUGGCGAACUUCGCCAAGAACGUGGCCUCGGUGAUCUCGCCGGCCAUAUUGGGCGACGUGCAACAACGCAGCAACCGAUCGUCCUUCCGACCGAUCCUGACUAUACCUAUCCGCCUCGACGGCGGACCGGACUCAGAAUCGACCUUGGACAACGUGGUCGACAAGAGGAACAACGCGGCCAACUACUACGAGCCACGCUCGAAUCCUUACCCUUACGACGGGCUUUACGCGGACUCUCCGACGGGAGUCGAAGAGACACGAGCGAGCGGAGGACUCGAGCAGCCGGAGGAGGAAGCCUACCUGCGCCAAGAACGACCGAACUUCUACAAUCAGCCCUACUUCUCGCCGAACGACAACCUCAGGGCGACUGAGAAAGCCGCCGUCGUCGACGGCGUGGAGUCGUCGGUCGGCAGUAUCGAGCAGUCGUCGACCAAUCAGUACUCCGCCUACGCCGGCGCUUUUCCCAAAGGUGGCUUUGGGCCCUACCUGGGAGGGAAACCCUACGGAGGCUUCCACGGGCCCUACGGGUCCUACGGACACUUCCACCCCUACGAUGACCAUCCCGACGACGGGGGGAGUACGGAGGAGAAUGCGCGAGUCGAAAACAACGGCACGCACCAUCGCGGUUAUGGGCCACCUUAUUUCGACCCUCACGGCUAUAAUCAUGGACCCUACGGCUCGCCGUUUCCCUACGGCGGCUACGGCCCUUAUGGGCCCAAUCACAGGAACGGCAACGACACCAACGGGAACAGACCGUACGGACCUCAUCACGGCGGGCCCGACUUCUAUGGACCUCCCGGUUACGGCUACGGGCAUCACGGUAACGGCUACAACGGCAACGGCAACGGCAACGGCAACGGCAAUAACAGACAGACGGAGGAACCGGCCGACAACGGCGAUCAAAAUAACGGGACAAAAAACGGCUACCCGCACCCUUACGGCCCCCCUUUGAAGCCUUUUUUCCACCACCACGGCUUCCCACCCCCGUUCAACAUCCUCCCCUACGACCAUUUCCAUUUCAAGGGUGGUCCUGUGGCCGGGGUUGGCCACGUUGGCUAUCCUAUCUUUGCCGAUCCCUAUCUGACUGGCUUUCCAUUCCACUUCCCUUACGGACCUUUCAUUCACGGUAAGAAAUACCUACCGCCGAAGGAUAAGCCAGACUCGGGUGAGUCGGGCGAUCAACCCACGGCCAACGAGAAUCCCGAUCGGAUAACCGAGGUCAAUCAAGAAGAGGUAGCGCCUGCUGCUACCUCGAAUCGUUAUAAGACGACGGAGCAGAACGGCCUCAAGCGGUUCGGCCUGAUCAACUUCCAGAGCCGAAAAGAAUAAAAAUAUCAACUACGCGUUUUGAGACAGCGGACCAAGACGAAAUUAAAGUAUAAGUGUAAAUGUAAUGUUGAAUACGAAGAAAUUAUGAUACGGUUUGAAAAUUCUGAAUCGUUGCCGUUCUGAGUGAAUUCUUGAUAAGUAUCUCGUUUGUAAGACGGAAAGUUAUCCUUAGAAAGAGGGGGGCGCGAGUAUCUUUCAUACUGAAUUAUUCAUAUUGAAUCAUUAUUCAUACUGAAAGUCUUAAUCUUAGAAAAAUGGCGUUAACGUAAUGCAAGUAAUGAAAAUGCAAGUAAAAAGAACAAUAGCAUCCAUUUUAGUAAAAUAAUUUUAGUAAAAUAACAUCAGAGAGGGAGCUUGAGGCUUUCAGUGUGAGCAAAAUCAUUCGCGCUACUUUUUGUGAAAUCAAAUAACGAAUCUAGGAAUGUGUCUAAAUGUAAUUUUAACUUUAAGCGGAACCAAUUCGAGUUUAGCUGAGAAUGAAAGAGACACGUGAUAAGUCGAUGAAUAUGCUAUUUGUAAGACAGAAUAUCACUGUAAGUAGAGUCACUUCCAGCUAGCGAAA